AUGCGUCUCGCUCUUGUUGUUGCAGCUGCUGUCUGCGUGCUCUCUCUGGCCGUCUCUGCCCGCCCGCUCGCCUCCACGCCCGAGGAGGACGUCCUCCACUUCCUCGAGGGUCUUGUCGAGGGCCUCGGCCACGACGUCAACGUCUCCGACUGCCAACCUGCUGCCACCAAGACGCUGCAGGACUUUGACACCGGCAUUGUCGACCUCGAGAACGGAUUCCGCCACAAGUCGGUCAAGGACAUCUACGACGGCUUUGAGGCCCUCGGUUCCGCCUUCCACGAGCUCGGCAUCGCCUUUGAGGAUUGCGGCGAGGAGUACGCUGCCAUCGCCAAGGACAUCAAAAAAAUCGCUACCGAGCUCGCUGAGCCCGACGGUGUCAUCCGCGUCGUCGUCGAGGAAGUCAUCAACAUCUUUGUUCACGAGAAGCAGAUCGUUGACGACGUCCGCGACCUCAUUGCUGCCUGGAAGGCCGGCCAGUACUACCAGGCCGGCGUCGCUCUUGGCGAGAUCGCCGGCAUUCUCCUUGAGGACUGA